AUGCUGCUUCGUGGAUUAAGUCUUUGGACCUUAUUUUUGGCUUCUUGCCUUCAUACUUUUGCUUUUCCCGCAAAUGAAGAACCCUCUGUGGUCUUUGCACAAAAACGCAAAAGCGGCGGCAGCAACGAACCCAGCUAUGCUCCCUAUUACGCUGAAUGCCCUUCUCGUAACAUCGUCGAGACUCUUUCAAAUGGUAGCAUUCCUCGUGCCGAGUCCCAGUACAUGAGCAGCCGUUCCUCGAAAACGAACAGUGCCGUGAAAGACUUCCUUAGAAAUGCUCAAUUACCCAACAUGGCUACCGAUAGCCUGUCCGGCCAAAACGGUCCUUCUAUCGGUAUUGCUUUGUCCGGUGGUGGUUUCCGUGCCAUGCUUUUGGAUGGUGGUGCCAUCUCCGCUAUGGAUGCUCGCCAUAGCAAUCAUACAAUCUUCUCUGGUCUUCUUCAAGCCUCCGAUUACAUCGUUGGUGCCGACGGUGGUGCUUGGACCCUAGGCUCUAUGGCCGUCAACAACUUCUCCACCGUUGAGGAGCUUUCCGGCAGCGUUUGGCAAUUGGCUAAGCCUGUCAUGUACCCCAAGAGUGCCAUUGUCUUCAACGCCAGUUUUUACAAGAACCUCAUAUCCCAGGUCACAGCCAAGCUCAAUGCUGGCUUUAACAUCUCCCUCUCUGACUACUGGGGCCGUGUCUUGGGUCGUCCUUUUGGUGACAGUCACUAUGGUAUGCCUAACAUCUCUUACUCUAGCAUUUCCGACCAAGAGUGGUACAGACAGGCUGACUUUCCCUAUCCCAUCAUCACUUUUGCUACCAACCAAAACUAUUCUGACCAAGUCGAUGACCUCAGCUCGAUCAUGUUGGAAGCUUCUCCCGAUGUCUUUGGUACCUUUGAUGCCGGCAUCGAUGCUUUCAUCCCCACCGAAUACUUGGGUACUUCUUUGGACAACGGCGCUAGCUCCAACGGCUCUUGUGUCGUCAACUAUGACAACUUUGGCUUCAUGAUGGCUCUUUCUUCCACCUACUUCAACACCCAAAUGCGCAACUUCAACGACUCCAGUACCAAGAACGGUAUUCUCAUUCAAGAAUACUUAAAAAAUAACUUCUCUGAGCACGGCGAACAAGUUGCUCCCAUCCCUAAUCCCUUCCGUGGUAUUUCCAGCGCUCGUACUAGCCUUGCUAACAACUUGGCCAACGACGAAAACUUAAACAUCGUCGAUUCUUCCAUGACCGGUGAAAACCUCCCUUUGUGGCCUUUGAUUCAAAAAGGUCGUGAUGUCGACGUUAUCUUCGCGGUCGACAACAGCGCUGACUCGGAAUAUGUCUGGCCCAACGGUAACUCUCUUGUCAAGACUUAUGAACAUGUUUUGGAUGCUCAAAACAAGGGCCAUAGUAACGUUAAGGGUUUCCCUUAUGUUCCCAGCACCCAGUCUUUUGUAAGCCUUCAUUACAACAACCGUCCCAUCUUCUUUGGCUGUGAUGGCCGCAACACCACUGCUGGCGAUCGCCCUGUCACUCGUGAUACUCCUCCUUUGGUCAUCUACCUUCCCAACGUUCCUUGGAAUUACUACACAAACAUCUCCACUGACCGUACUUAUUACACCGCUGACCAACAAAACAACCUUCUUUUGAACGGUUUGAUUUCUACUACCUUGGACAAUGAGACUUACUUUGGUCAAUGUGUUGCUUGUGCCGUUGUUAAGCGUACUUUGGAACGUCAAAACGCUACUGCUAGCCCUGAAUGCCAGCAAUGCUACCAAGACUUCUGCUGGAGUGGUAUUAUCGAUGACACCGCUGCCAACGACGAUAUUGUCUAUGACCCUACUCCUCGUUUGUAA